AUGGCGUCGACAACCGCCUCGAAUGUGGUAUCAUCUAUCCUUGUCAUAGGAGGAGGCCCCGGAGGAAGUUACACCGCGACCGUACUGGCGCGAGAAGGACUGGAUGUGGUCCUUCUGGAGGCAUCUAAGUUUCCAAGGUAUCACGUUGGAGAGGGAAUGCUCCCUUCCAUGAGACAUUUCCUAAGAUAUAUUGACCUCGAGGAUGAGUUCCACAACCAUGGUUUCAUGCACAAGCCUGGUGCAUGUUUUGUGCUUAAUCAAGGGUUACAAAUGACCUACACAGAUUUCUCAGCCCUUGGUCCAAGCAUGACCACGUGGAAUGUUAUCCGUUCCGAGUCUGAUGAAAUGAUGCUAUGCCAUGCAUCUCGGCAGGGUGUCAAGGUGUUUGAAGAGACAAGGGUGGAAUCGAUUGAGUUUCGAGAUGGGGAAUCCUCUGGGAGGCCCAUAGCAGCAACAUGGAAGAACAAGGAAGGUCAAUCUGGAAGGAUUCAUUUCGAGUGGCUUGUAGAUGCCUCUGGGAGAGCUGGUAUCAUGUCCACCAGGUACUUGCACAACAGGCAGUAUAGGGAAGGUCUGCGGAAUAUCGCGGUCUGGGGAUAUUGGAAAGGUGUGAAGAUCAACCAGGCUGGUACCAGACGGUCCAAUGCACCUUGGUUUGAAGCUAUGUCCGAUGAACUUGGCUGGGCAUGGCUGAUCCCUCUGCAUGAUGGCACCACAUCCAUUGGUGUAGUCAUGCAUCAGAAUAUCUCUAACAAGAAGAAGGCAGAUUAUCCCGGAGGUCGACCAACUUUGACUGAACACUAUCUUGACCAGAUGAAGUUCUUGCCUGGUGUGCUAGACUUGAUUGGCAAUGAAGGAUCACUAGUUGAAGGCAGCAUCAAAAGCUCCACUGACUACAGCUACCAUUCCUCAAGCUAUUCUGGAGACCAUUUUCGGAUCCUAGGCGAUGCAGCAUCCUUUGUUGACCCUUUCUUUGCAUCUGGGGUACACAUUGCAAUGACAGGUGCAUUGUCUGCAGCAACUUCAAUCUGUGCUUCAAUGAAAAGCCAAGUUACCGAAACCCAGGCUCAACAGUGGCAUAACACCAAAGUUGGAAUUUGUCACACUCGGUUUCUUAUCAUUGUGUUGAGUGCAUACAAACAGAUGCAGAAUCAGCGUCAUGCUAUUCUAUCAGAUGUCAAUGACAACAACUUCGACAAAGUAUUUUCUUUCUUCAAGCCUGUCAUACAAGGCUUUGCCGACACAACCCCAGAGCUUACUGACUCCAAACUCGAUAGCCUCAUUGACUUCUGCAUUAACCUCUUCGAGCGUACAAAAGAGGAGGAACACAUUUCCGUUGCCAAAAGGGUGCAACCUGAUUUACUCUCACUGCAAGGACCAGCCAUGGGUGACAAGGAGCUAGAUGAAGCUGUGGGACCUGAAGAUGUUGAAGCAAAAAGAGUUCUUAGUCGCAUCAAUGCCCUGAAGAUUUUACAAAAUGAUGUUAGCCCAGUUGGGUUUGGCAAGGAAGCUGUGGAUGGUUAUGUUGUGCGGUUGAAGAGGGGAGAGCUGGGUCUCGUAAAAGAGUCUGUCAUGUAG